AGUUGCCCACGGAGACUGUGGAGUAACCAGGGUAACAUCGCCUGCUGAGCUGCAAACACACACACCUGAGGAAAUGUUAUCCAUCCAUGCUUCCACUCCUCAAACUGACAGCUCCAGCGUCCAUGAGAAGCAGUCGAAGUUCUUUAUUCUAACUGGAUGGAUUGGUAUGGGGAGAAGCGGACCUCACAACGUGGCUAAGCUGCAGCUUUGGAACUGUUUAACCCUGACCAUGGUCUUAUCCUGCCUGCUGCUGCGACCAGCUCACUGUCAGCAGUGUCGUAUCCAGCGCUGCAACGCAGAGUACGUGACCUCGACAUCGCCCUCCAGUGGGCUCCAGGAGGAGAUGCACCCGGACUACUGCAUCUCCCUGCGGGCGUAUGCCCUCUGCACCCGGCGCACCGCGCGCAGCUGCAGAGGAGACCUGGUGUACCACUCGGCCGUGUUCCGCAUCAAGGAGCUGUUCUCACAGCACAACUGCUCCUCCGAUGGGCCCACCUCCCCCGCCAGGGCCCCCGGCACCCCCCGGCCCCCCCUCCCCCGGCUCUGCGACUAUGAGAGCCGGGCCCUGGCUGCUGGGCACCUCGGCAGGUAUGCCCACUGCAGCCUGUUCGGGGACCCCCACCUGCGCACAUUCAGGGAGGAGUUCCAGACCUGCAAGGUGGAGGGGGCGUGGCCUCUCAUAGACAACCGCUACCUGUCCGUGCAGGUCACCAACGUACCUGUCGUCCAGGGAUCCAGCGCCACGGCAACCAGCAAGAUAACGGUGAUCUUCAAGUCGUUCCAGGGCUGCACGGAUCAGAAGGUGUACCAGGCCACAACCGAGGACUUGCCCUCGGCCUUCCAGGACGGCAGCAGCAGCAGUGGGGGGGACGAGGCGUCCAGCCUGCUGAUCCUGGACCGGCCCGGCCCGGCUGGGCGCCAUGUCCACAUCCAGGCACGCUACCUGGGCGCCUCCAUCAUCGUGCGCCGUGUGGGGCUCUACCUGACUUUCGCCAUCCGGGUCCCCGAGGACAUGCUGGGGCCGGAGGAGGUGGGCCUGCAGCUCUGUCUCCAUGGCUGUCCUCGCAGCCAGCUGAUCACACAGCACACGCUGGGGCCUGCCCCGCCCCCCAGGGCCCUGCCCCCCAGGGCCCCGCCCCCCCAGGUCUACUCGGUGGAGCAGGCCACGGCUCGUUGCCGGGAGACACUGCAGGUGGAGGAUGUGUAUUUCCAGUCGUGUGUGUUUGACCUGCUGACCACCGGGGACCCGGCCUUCUGUCUGGCCGCGUUCGGGGCGCUGCAGGAUCUGAAGGCCUUGCCCCCUUCCAGACUCAGGCAGAGCUCUGCCCCUAGUCCCCCCAGGACUCCUCGCCUGCACAGCAGGGGAGCAUCCCUCCCCACCACACACACUCUGCUGCUGCUGCUGGGCCUGCUGCUGGGCCUGCUGCUGGUGUGAGGAGGAGGAGGAGGAGGAGAGACUCCUGUCUUUCACUCCCUAAACAAUCUGAAGGACCCAGCGUACACACACACACACACUCGUCUACACACCUGUACAUUGGAUCAGCACUAACAGACUCUGAAAUGUGAAAAUCCCCAAAUGACUGUUUAACUCUGCUCUGAUUGAAGGCGGGUUCAUCAAAAUUGAUUUUUGUAAAUAACAAGUCCUGGUGCCUGAUUAUUAUGGUCUGCACUGGCCCAGACACCCAGGUGGCUCAUGGUUUUGGAACAGAUGUGUGGUCCACUCCAUUGUUAUCUCAUCAUAUUUACAGAAAACUGUGUUUCUUAUUCACAGUAUUCAAUAACUGAAUGUAAAGACAAGGUACAGGACAUGGUACCCCUGUCCGUAAAAUCUGAGGUACAGGACAUGGUACUCAGGACCACUCUGAGUAACAGUCCUUGGAAGUACUGUGUCAUAUACCUUCAUAUCUGUCAAACCUUGCUCCUGUAGGGUUACACUCCAAACCUGCUCCUGGAGAGAUACCUUUCUGAUGCAGGUUUAGAGGCCUGAUAAAAGGUAUAUACUACAGUAUACCUCACCAUGUCAGGUACAUGCUUCCCCUUUGUGCCAGGGUGUCUGUGUGUGUGUGGAGGGUCAGUACUUACGUGUGUGUGUGUGUGUGGAGGGUCAGUACUCACCAGGGUGUGUGUGUGUGGAGGUUCAGUACUCACCAGGGUGUGUGUGUGUGGAGGUUCAGUACUCACCAGGGUGUGUGUGUGUGUGUGUGUGUGUGUGUGUGGAGGGUCAGUACUCACCAGGGUGUGUGUGUGGAGGGUCAGUACUCACCAGAGUGUGUGUGUGUGGAGGGUCAGUACUCACCAGGGUGUGUGUGUGUGGAGGGUCAGUACUCACCAGGGUGUGUGUGUGUGGAGGGUGAUUGUCAGUCAUUCCCAGAUUAAGAUCAAAAUCCUCCCAAAGACAAAACUCCCUUAUCAA